UACUUUUCUCAUUCACCGAACUCACACAACAAACAUUCGAUUCUCUCUCAAUCUCUCAAAAAAAGUCAAUUGAUAAUGGCUCCCAAGGCGGCAGAGAAGAAACCGGCGGAGAAGAAGCCAGCAGAGAAGGCCCCGGCGGAGAAACGACCAAAGGCGGAGAAGAAGAUCUCGAAGGAAGGAGGAAGCGACAAGAAGAAGAAGAAGUCGAAGAAGAGCGUGGAGACGUACAAGAUCUACAUCUUCAAGGUCCUGAAGCAGGUCCAUCCCGACAUCGGAAUCUCCGGGAAAGCCAUGGGGAUCAUGAACAGUUUCAUCAACGACAUCUUCGAGAAACUCGCCCAGGAAUCUUCGAAGCUCGCGAGGUACAACAAGAAGCCGACGAUCACGUCAAGGGAGAUCCAGACGGCGGUCAGGCUCGUUUUGCCGGGAGAGCUCGCGAAGCACGCCGUUUCUGAAGGGACUAAGGCGGUUACCAAAUUCACAAGCACUUAGGGUUUCGUUUUUUUUUUUUUUUUAAUUUACGUUUCGAUCUGGGUUUGCAUGUUUAGAUAUAUAAUGGAUUCUCUGUCUUGGAUCUUUUGGUUUCUGGAUUGUAUUCAGUUAGUGAGAUGGUUGAAUGAACAGGUUUUUCUAUGUUAA